AUGGGUUCUGAGGUCAUACAUGAAUUGCUACUGAGUUUUGUUGAAGCUGGAGCUAAUGUGUUGAGACUAAAAGGAAGGGGGUUUCUUGGACCUGCUUUCUUCCUCACUCAGUUGAGCCAUAUUAAUUCUCCUGCAAUGGCUGUUCUAUGUAUGGCAUGCAGUCAGGGAAUUGAUGCAUUCUCACAAUCUGGUCUAUAUUCAAACCAUCAAGAUAUUGCUCCACGAUAUUCUGGUGUCUUGCUUGGUCUGUCCAAUACUGCAGGAGUGCUCGCCGGCGUCUUUGGAACGGUAUCGACUGGCUACAUCUUGCAACAUGGUUCUUGGGAUGACGUAUUCAAGGUCUCAGUAGGCCUUUAUCUGUUUGGAACUGUUGUCUGGAAUCUUUUCUCCACCGGGCUAAAAGAAGGAAGAAGGCCAUAUGUUAUUCCUGUGGGUGGAUCAAACUCCCUAGGAACUUGGGGGUAUAUUGAAGCAAUUCGAGAGAUUGAGGAGCAGUUUCAGAGUGGGAUCGACAAAGUCCAUGCCUUUUCUGUCUAUGAUGACCCUGAUUACUUCUACGACUAUGUUCAAGGCCUACUUGAUGGACUUGAGGCAGGUGUUGAUUCACGUGAUAUUGUUAACAUUCAAAAUGCCAAAGGUCUGGGCUAUGCAAUAAACACGUCUCAGGAGCUUAAGUUUGUCACGGAGAUUGCUGCGACCACUGGGAUUGUUCUGGAUCCAGUUUACAGUGGCAAAGCUGCUUAUGGAAUGUUGAAAGACAUGGCUGAGAAUACAAAGAAGUGGGAAGGAAGAAAGAUCCUCUUCAUACAAAGAGCUUCCCAGCCAUAA